AUGCCAGAAAACAAUUUAUGGUUUACUGGACCACCGUUUCUUAAGCUACAAAACGUAGUUUACAAUAGGCCAAAUCACAACAAUUGUACUACAGAUUUAGAAGAGUCAGCAAAGGUACAUGUAGCGACAAUUCCAAACGAAUCGUUCUUUGAUCGGUUUUCUCAGUUACGAAGAUUAGUUAGGAUUGUUGCAUACUGUCGUAGAUUUUUAAAGGAGAACAAAAUAUACAGAAAGGGAUAUUUACAAAAGACAGAAUUAGACGCUGCACUCGAAAGUUGUAUAAGAAAAACACAGAGAGAACUAUUUACAACAGAAUAUGAAGAAUUAAAGAACAAAGGCUAUAUACAAUUAAAAUCAAGCCCAUUAAGGUCACUCUGUCCUUACCUUGAUGAUAAGGACAUCAUGAGAGUUAGAGGGAGACUGGAAAAGUCAGAGCUCAGCGAACAGAUGAAACAUCCUAUCGUCCUGCCUCACUCCAGUCACCUAACUAAGUUAAUCAUAGCUGACGCUCACCAUAAAACCCUCCACGGGGGUCCCCAGCUCAUGACUAACUAUUUGAGAACAGCCUACUGGAUUAUUGGGGUUAGAAAUCUGGUCAAACAUCAUGUCAUCAAAUGUGUCAUAUGUGCCAGGCAAAGAGCCAGUACAAAAAACCAAUUCAUGGGCUCACUACCAGCUGUUCGUUGCAACCCAGCUCGACCAUUUCUUCAUAGUGGGGUUGACUAUGCUGGUCCAAUUAGCAUAAGGACAACAAAAGGGCGUGGCCAUCGGUCAUACAAGGGAUAUAUAUGCCUCUUUGUAUGCAUGGUCACUCGAGCGCUGCACUUAGAAGCAGUGAGUGACAUGAGCACUCAAGCCUUUUUAGCGGCGUUCAGACGCUUUGUUUCAAGGCGAGGCCAUUGUGCCAAACUGUGGAGUGACAAUGGCACUACAUUCGUAGGUGCCUCCAGGGAGUUACAGCAGUUGACAGCUAUUCAGUCAUCAAUAGCCGAACACCUCGAAACGAAUGGUACAGAGUGGCAUUUCAUUCCUCCUCACAGUCCCAACUUUGGUGGACUUUGGGAGGCAGGAGUGAAAUCUACAAAAUUCCAUUUGAAGCGAGUAAUCGGUGAAGCGACUCUCACCUUUGAAGAACUGACGACACUCCUCAGUCAAAUAGAGGCGUGUUUAAAUUCGCGACCUAUGAGCACAAUUAACGUUGAUGAUCCUGGAGAACCACUACCAUUAACUCCGGGACAUUUUUUGAUUGGAGAACCAUUAUUAAAUGUUCCUGAUACUGAUUACACAAACACCAAUAUAAGUUAUUUAUCUCGCUGGCAAUUAAUUCAACGCAUUCUUCAGUCAUUUUGGAAACGUUGGUCACAAGAAUAUCUUGUAACGUUGAUGCAUCGCUACAAAUGGUCAUCCCAAGUUGCUGAGCCAAGGGUUGGUGACAUUGUGCUUGUCAAAGAAGACGACUUACCGCCAAGUCGUUGGUUGUUAGGUAGGAUCAUUGAGAAACAUCCUGGGGAUGAUAAUAUCACCCGUGUUGUCACGUUACGCACUAAAUCCUCAACAAUCAAAAGACCAACAUCCAAAUUAUGCAUUUUACCCGUAAGUCAAUAA